AUGGUGAGAAUAUUGCCUUCUUUUUCUCUAGGCCAGCUCCUUAAAGUUCAAAAGGGAACAUAUACCAUUGCCAAACAACUCCAAGAGACCGUUUGGCUCGCCAAGAAUCAAGACCAGCAACCUGUGAUCGUUAAAAGCGCCAACCACUUUCGUAUUGAAAAUGAACGAGAUGUUCUAAAGCGCUUUCAAUCUCGAACCCCUUUCCUGCGCCCUCUGGUAGAUGAGAUCUCAGAGCCGUCAGAACCGCCUACAAUUGUUUUGAAGCAUUUAGAUGACAAUCUCCUCGACGUUGCGGCUUUGAAAACCCCCCUGAGAAGCCAGGAGGUGAAGUACGUUGCUAAGGGGAUCCUUGAGGCGUUAAAAGUGCUUCAUGAGGAAGGUUUUGUCCACACCGAUAUCAAACCAGACAAUGUUUUCGUCAACUACAAAUCUAAGGACAACAUCACAGAUAGUGAUGAAGAUAUACGCUUCACAGAUGUACAAUUGGGAGACUGCGGGAACACUGUUCCAGCCGAUUCAAAUUAUGCAAAGGAUUGUGAUAUGAUUGGUGCACCGAUAUGGCGAAGCCCUGAAGCCCAGUUGCAGAUAGGAUGGGGGAUGCCGACUGAUAUAUGGUCAUUUGGGGCAAUUCUUAUCACCCUCAUCUAUGGAGACAACUUCUUCAUGUUUAAACCGGAUGUUCCGGCGGACCAUAAUGAGUAUGAAUUGAGGAUCCUUCGCCGUCAAUGCCUGUUUUUUGGUCCGUUCCCAGAGUCAUAUCAAGAAAUCGCCGAUAAGGAGUCGUUGGCGAUUUUGAUGUAUAUCAUGAGCAAUAUAUCAGCUGCGGAGCGGAAGCCAUUUGAGCGGAUUUCGGAGCGAGAAAUUUCAAAGGAAGAUAAAAUUUUUCUUCUUAAGAUCAUGAAGCUCGAUCCAAGGGAUAGACCUACAGCCAAGCAACUCCUGGAGGACAAAUGGUUUAAUCUUUGA